AGUACAGUAUUGCCACACAUGUUGCCAAGCUCAAUAUAGUUGUACAGGUUGCAGCAUAUGCAGGUAUAUAAUUUGCAUUUGCUUUUCUUGAUGGAAACGAGGUAUUUACGUGUGGGUGUGUGUACAUAUUGUUAUCGAAAAAUGCAACGCUGUCAAAGUGUGGUAUUUUUCUUCAUAUAUUAUCACUGCUUAAAGUUUAGGAUACCCUGCGCAUACACGAAAAAUCAUUUUUUGUCUAAAUAGUGUAUGUUUUGAAACAUUCUCUAUAUGUACAUACAAACAAAUAGAACUCCAUAUCCAAGUGCAUUGAGCAACAAUUGCUAGCGUUUAAAUGUGUUUGGCCGCUUAGUUUGUUGUUAUGAAUAUAUCGAAAGUGACAACAUCGCUUGCUGCUGCGGCUGCUGCCGCCGAAAAAGCGAAACCCGAACGUGUAACAUCUGCAACGGCAGCGCUCAAUUUUAAUUCAAUAUCUAUACAAAAGCGCAGCAGUGUGGACGACAAUGAUGAUCCGAAUCGCAAGAAAAUAAAGCGCGAUAUUGUUAUAUGUACGCCCACAACCAGUUUACCCGCCAAACAACGUGCAGCUACAGCUACAGCUACAACAACAACAACAACCACAGCAGCAGCAGCAGCAACAACAGCAACAGCAGUAGCAGCCGUGGUAGUGGCAGCAUCAUCCACAAACACUGCAACAAAUAAAAUAACAACGGACGAGCCACUAACAACAAACAUCAGCAUUGGCGGCAAUUUUGUUAGUCACUCGAAUGCCAAGACAGAAGCUGCUGCCGCUGCUGCUGCUGCUGCCGCUGCCGCUGCUGCAAGUUCUGCUGACGUCUGCUGGGAGCAACGGGAUGAUCAAAUAAUCGUCUGUGAAAUGAACGCCAUCAAGCCAGAGGAGUCGUCCGCCACCACCGCGACCAUCAUCAACAACAGCAACGCCAGCAGCAGCAACAGUAACAUCAGUAAUAGCAACAACCCAAAGCAAACUUAUGCCAGCUUUACCAAAAAAGAUGUCACAACAGCAUCAAUUUCCUCAUCCUCCUCCACAGCCUCCAUUAUAUCGAUAGAGCCAAGCGGUGAGCAGACGCCUGGCAACAGCAGCGAGCAGCAGCAGCAGCUAGGCAAAACGGUGACCAUUCAGGAGCUUGACUAUGUGCUGCUGCCAGCAACAACAACGGCUGAGCUGAAGCCUGCGGCAACACACGAAGCAACAGUUACGAAUAACAACACCAGCAGUGGCGGCAGCAGCAGCAGUAACAACAACAACAACAACAGUAGCUGCAGCAGCAGCAACAGUAUUGCCAGCAGCACCAUAGUCACUGGUAACAUGACGCAAAAGUCAACGACGUCAGCGCAGCUACAACCAGGCAGCUACAACAUGUUCAAUAGUGGCACAACAACGGGCACGGGCACAGCUACGGCAACAACGACAACAACGCUGCUGAAUCGCGUUAGCUUUCAGACAAAGUACAAGGGUCAGCAGGUGAUGGUGAACGCCAAGAAGCUGGCGGAGGGCACGCAGACAACGGCCAAGGUGUCCAUUGGCAAUAAGAUGAUAUCGGUGCCGCUGCUAAAGCCGCAAAUACUGCAGGGCGGGCAAUUUAUGAGUGCGAGCGGUGCCACAACGGCUGGUGGUGCAACAAUUGUUGAAAGCAAACAGCAGGCCACCGCUGUGACGACGGCAACGGUGACGGCCCAGCAACAGCAGCAGCAUCAGCAUCAACAUCAGCAUCAGCAGCAACAACAAUUAAACCUCAAACUGGUCAAGUCACGCAAGAAUCCAACAACCAUCGUCUCGUUUGCCAAUGUGCAAAUCAAACCUGCCACUACCAAAAUCGUCACCGCCAAGGUGGUUAGCAAAAAGAUGUCGAUGCAAUUCCAGCAGCAGCAACAUCUCCAGCUGCAGAUACAACAGCAGCAACAACAGCAGCCAGGCGCCGGCAGCAUUGUCACAAUAACCCCAACUAACUCGGGUCAAACAUUUACCAUGCUGCAGCAGCAGCAGCAGCAGGACAAGCAACAGCACGAUGGCGAAUCACACGACCAGCAGCAGCAACAGCAGCUGCAGCAGCAGCCGAAAACAAUCACCUACAGCGAGAAUAUACAAAAGAUAUUGCUAAACAAGAGCAAAUCAAUGGAUGGCGGCGAUGUCACCACCGAGUUUGGCAAAAUUAACAGCGUGGUAAUCAAGCCACUGGACAAGAGUCAACUGCACUGCACGCCCAGCAUAAAUAUAUUCAAGCAGCAGGCGCCACAGCAGCAGCAGCAGCAGCAGCAGGGAGCAGCUGGUGCAGCUGACGACUCGCUGCCGAAGCCAGCAACGGGCGCCACGCUCUGCACACGGCCCAUCAUAUCCAUUCAGAAGAAUAUCUCGUUGGUGGUGUCCAAGACGGCGAUGGGACAGCAGAAGCCCAAAAUGAUAACGACAUCGGCGAAUAGCGGCGCAACGCUGCAAAUGCAGCCCUUCAACUCGCUGGACGCUGAGACUGUGGGCAAGCUGCAGCUAAAGGCGCAGGCGGUGAAGCUGAACGAAUCGAAGGCCGAUGCCGGCGACAGUGAGUCGAAGCCGAAGCUGUUGCUGGUUAAGCAAGCGUCCGCUCCGCCGGAUAGCCACAAGGAUUUCCCAGCUGAACAGCAGCAGCAACAGCAGCAGGAGGAGCAGCAGCAGCAGCAGCAGCCGCAGGCGCAGCAGCUGGGCAACGCCACUGAGAAGCGCAUCACGCUGCACGCGCGUGUAGAUGAUUCCAACAAUGCGCUGCUCAAGCAGUUGCUGCAGAACAGCAGCAGCAGCAGCAGCAGCAACAACAGCUCCAGCAGCAGCAGCAGCAGCAACAACACCCACAAUCUGCAGCAGAUUUCUAUAACAUCGGCGCCGCUGUCGGCGCGCAAGGUCAUCAAUGUGCGGGCGCCGAGCAUGGGUCUGGUUAGUUCGCUGGAGGCGCAAUUGGCACGCCCCGUUAUACCGCCCGUGCCGGCGGCCGUGAGCAGCAGCAAUAGCAAUACCAGCGGCAGCGGCAGUUGCAAUACCAUAACGACAACAACAGCCACUAUGGUGGCUAUUAGUCAGGCGGCCACGCCCACACCAGUUGUCGACAGCAGCAGGAGUCUGCACCAGCAGCAGCAGCAGCAGCAGCUACAACAACAACAACAGCAGCGGCAGCAACAAUUACUGCCACGACAGCAGCAGCACCGCCAAUAGCAACAGCAGCAACAGUUGCUGGCGCCGCCUGCGCCUCAACUUAAGCAAUCGGUGCAAAUUGUAUCCAAGGAAACCUCGUUCAUAUCCACACCCGUGUCAGCCACAGCUGCAGCUGCUGCUGCCGCCGCCGCCGCUGCUGCUGCUGCUGCUGCUGCAGCAGCAACAGUCACGUCCUCGGCCAUGCCCGCCGUGACCAGCAAGCUGCCCACGCUGAUUGUUGAGCCGAGCAAUAAGACAGAGCCACUGCCGCCGCCUCCAUCUUAUGAGCUGAGCACGGGGCAAGUGUCGAACGUGACCAUUUCCAUAACGACUAAGCCCACCAAGGAGCUGAUCAAGCUCAGCAAGCUUGAGCCGCACGAUGAGCCGCACGCCCAGCCGGAACCCGAGAAGCCGCAUCUGCCCGCGCCAGUGCACAGCGACAACUGGAAGCUGCAGGAGAAGCCAGCAAAUGUGAAUCUGAUUAGCAGCGAGGCGCUGAAACGAAAGUUGCCCAUGCAACAACAGCAGCAGCAGCAGCAACAGCAACAGCAGCUGCAACAACAGCAGCAGCAGCAGCAACAGCAGCAGCAGCAGCAAUAUCAGCUACACCAGCAACAUCAGCUGCAUCAACAACAAAUGCUGCCACAGGCACCGCCAACACCAACAGGAGCAGCUGCAGCCGCCGCCGCAGCAGCAGCGGCAGCCGCAUCAGGCACAGCCUUGUCUGAGCCAAAGGCCGUGGAGCAGCGCAAGCGACGGAAGCGCGAGGCGCAGAGGCCGCGACGCAGCAAUGCGAAUGCUGCCAGCAGCCUGCGGGAUAUGCCCGGCACAUUGCCAGCCGGCGCUGUGGUGCAAUUGACCAAUAUGCCGGGCAACGCGCAGCUGAGUGGUCCGCUGGCCAGCGGCGGGCAUUUGCUUACGGGCAGCAGCUCCGGCAUGGGCUCGCCCAUGCUGAAGAAGCGCGUGCGCAAGUUGUCCAAGGUCGAGGAGGAUCACGAUGCAUUUACCGAGAAGCUGAUGACGCACAUACGUCAAAUGCAGCCGCUGCAGGUGCUCGAGCCGCUGCUCAAUCGCAAUUUUCUCAUUGGCCACGGCGCCUGCUUUGGCAGCAAUGGCAGCAACGCCGCCGGCGGCGGCAAGCUGAAGGCCAUUUCGCGUGCCCUUCAGCUGCAGCGACAGCUGGACGAUAGCAGCAGUGGCAGUGGCAGCUGCAGCAGCAGCAGCGUUGAUUGCGAUCAGCUGCUCGGCCGCAUUGGCAAUCUGCGACAUCCGAGCAUCAAGUCGCUAUACGAUAGCGAACGCUUCGGCGGCAGCGGCGAUGCCAGCAACAACUUGACCAGCAGCAACAGCAGCAGCAGCAGUCUGACGUCAAAUGGCGGCUCGCUGUCGAGCAUACAGAAUGACUUCUACGAUCAGGAGUUCUCGACGCACAUUCAGCGCAAUCCGCGCGAACGUCUGCAGCGCUUGAUAACGGCAGUGCGCGAUUGCAACCUGGAGACGACGGAUCUCGUUGAGCAGCAGCAGCAGCAGCAGCAGCAGCAACAUCAGCAGGCAGCAGCCACGCGCUUGGAUGGCCCCGUGGCCUGGUCACGUCUCAGUCGCUAUCCGGGCCUGGUGCUGCUCAAUACCAAUAGCAAUCAGCGCUGUGCACCUGGACGCAUGUCGCCGGUGGCGCUGGCAAUGGACGCGAAUGCUGUGCGAACGCGCGUGUCGCCGCUACUGCGCAGCUGCGCCGAGGACUUACGCAAGGCGCAGCAGCUGGAUCUGGGCCUGUCCAACAACAACAUUAACAACAACAACAAUUACCAGCAGAAGAACCAAAAUGUGAUACUCUCGCUGCACACCUCGGCAACGGACAACAUUGCCGGCGUGCUGCGAGAUUUGGCGAAUCUACUGCACUUGACACCCGCGUUAACCUGCAAACUGAUCGAUGCAUCAGCAGCGGACAAGGCCAAGGAGCCGAGUGAACCAGAGCCGGGCCAGGGCCAGGGGCUGGGGCUGGGUCAGGGUCUGUCAGUUGCUGCCGUCACUAGUCAGGGCAAUCUGCGCAAAAUACUCACCGGACAGCGCAAGCUGUGCCGUUGCUGCAGCAGUGUGAUCGCCGCCUUUGGGCUGCGUGUGCCGCAUCAGAAUUUGCCCGAGGAGCAGCCAUCGCCCAUGCUGGCAAUGCUGCGUUCGCUGCUGCCGCGCAAAUCCUCACCGCCGCCCUAUGCUUACUUCUGCAAUCGCAGCUGCUUUGCGCAGUACAAAUGGCGCGGCAAGGAGGAGCCAGUUGAUGAGGAAGCAACAACGACGACGGCGACGGCGACGGCGGCGUCGGUGGCGACGGCCUCGGCGACGGCCACAUCGUCGUCUGCAUCCAGUGCGCUGCCGGUUGCUGGGGAUGCAUUCAUGACCAUGUUGCCCAUUGAUAAGGUCGAGCCCGAAGACGUUGAUAUGGAGCAGCAACAGUCGCAACAGCAGCAACAGCAGCAACAACAACAGUCGCAGCCACAGCAGCCGCAGAGCGAAUCGACGCCAACAACGCCGCCAGUGAAGCGCAAAUGCAUCAUCAAGAGGUACAGCGCCGAUUGCUUUGCAGCCGGGCCCGAAUCUGCAGCCAUCAAGCAGGAGAGCGAGGCAACGGCGCCCAAUAACACCGUCUGGGAGACAGAUUUCAAUCCCAACAAUCUAGAGGAUUUGCGCCAAUGCGUUUUCUGCAAUCAACGCGGUGACGGCAAGGCCGAUGGACCCUCGCGCUUGCUCAACUUCGAUGUGGACAAAUGGGUGCAUUUGAAUUGCGCCUUGUGGUCGAACGAUGUCUAUGAGACGGUCUCCGGCGCGCUAAUGAACUUUCCGACUGCCUUGCAGUCAGGCCUCAAUCAGGCAUGCAGCGCCUGCCACCAGCUGGGCGCAACGAUCAAGUGCUUCAAGUCGCGCUGCAGCAAUCUCUACCAUCUGCCCUGUGCUAUCAAGGAGGAGUGCAUAUUUUACAAGAACAAAUCGGUCCAUUGCAGCGCCCAUGCGGCAAACAGCUCGGCGGGCGUCACUGAGAACGAGCUCAGCUCGUUUGUGGUGCACCGGCGGGUGUUUGUCGAUCGGGACGAGAAUCGUCAGGUGGCCACGGUCAUGCACUAUUCGGAGCUGAGCAAUCUGUUGCGUGUCGGCAACAUGACCUUCCUCAAUGUGGGUCAAUUGUUGCCGCAUCAGCUGGAGGCCUUCCAUACGCCCCACUACAUAUAUCCCAUUGGCUAUAUGGUGAGCCGCUAUUAUUGGUGCGUGCGCCGGCCGAAUCGACGAUGUCGUUAUGUCUGCAGCAUUGCCGAGGUCGGCUGCCGGCCAGAGUUUCGCAUCCAGGUGCACGAUGGCAACGACAAGGAGCCGGAUCGCGAGUUCCGCGAUAGCACAGCCUCGGGCGUCUGGCAACAGAUCUUGCAGCCCAUUCAGCAGUUGCGCAAGGUGCACAAGUGGCUGCAGCUCUUUCCGCAGCACAUUAGCGGCGAGGAUUUGUUUGGUCUAACCGAGCCGGCGAUUGUGCGCAUCUUGGAGAGCCUGCCGGGCAUCGAGACGCUCACCGAUUAUCGCUUCAAAUAUGGACGCAAUCCGUUGCUAGAAUUCCCGCUAGCCAUCAAUCCGUCCGGCGCGGCGCGCACCGAGCCCAAACAGCGCCAGCUGCUUGUCUGGCGGAAGCCGCACACCCAGCGCACCGCCGGCAGCUGCAGCACCCAGCGCAUGGCCAAUUCGGCGGCGAUUGCCGGCGAGGUGGCGUGUCCCUAUAGCAAACAGUUUGUGCACUCCAAGAGUUCCCAGUACAAAAAGAUGAAGCAGGAAUGGCGCAACAACGUCUACCUGGCGCGUUCAAAGAUCCAGGGCUUGGGCUUGUAUGCGGCACGCGACAUCGAGAAGCACACGAUGAUCAUAGAGUAUAUUGGCGAGGUAAUACGCACUGAAGUAUCGGAGAUACGUGAAAAGCAAUAUGAGUCAAAGAAUCGUGGUAUUUACAUGUUCCGUCUGGAUGAGGAUCGCGUUGUCGAUGCCACAUUGAGCGGCGGUCUAGCGCGCUAUAUCAAUCACUCCUGCAAUCCAAAUUGUGUGACAGAGAUCGUUGAGGUCGAUCGUGAUGUGCGCAUCAUAAUAUUUGCUAAGCGUAAAAUCUAUCGAGGCGAAGAGCUCUCGUACGAUUAUAAGUUUGACAUUGAGGAUGAUGCGCACAAAAUACCCUGCGCUUGUGGUGCGCCCAAUUGUCGAAAGUGGAUGAAUUAAAUACCAGUAAACAACAACAACAACAACAGCAAACAACACCAGCAGAAGCAACAUUAUUAAACAGCAGCAGCAACAAAUGGAGUUCGGAUGCUGCUUGCCCAUACCCAGUGAACACAAGUUGAUUCGAUUCGUUGUUAUUCACAUGUUGUACUCCAACACACAUCAUCAAAAUAGUAUAUUCUUUAAGCAGUAUAUAUGUACAUAUAUUUAUUAGAUAUAUAUAUGCAUGUAUC